AAUUAUUUUUCUGAGUGGGGAGAGUUUUUCAAGUGUACUUGGUUUGGAUUUUGAACUCUAACCAUUUCUGAAAAAAAAAUAUAAGAAAAACGUGCAACGUUAUUGAGCAAUUAUCUCGAAGAUAUGUGUUAAGUCUAAUGUCUAAAGUCUAAUAGGACCUGCCUUGAUUAUUUUUUUCUCUCUCUCAAAUCGCUUAUGAGACAUUUAAUGCCCCACUCCUCCCCAGAUAAAAAAAAGCCAACCAAACCCCUCCCCCACCCUCUUUAUUAUUGAAUUGCCAAUCAGAAGGCGAGCGCAAUGUCACCUGACUCAGCUGCGACAAAAACAACAAACUUUCCAGAAUCAGAAAUAAUCUCCUUCACACUGGUUUGUUUUACUGUAUUUCAAAGCUUUGCUUGUUCAAUUUUGUUUCUCGCGGCCCGGGCUAGCAGGGAUUGCCAGCAAGGCUUUUCUGCAAAGCGUUCUAUGCUAAACUUUUUCUCUCUCGCUCUGGAACGGUGAAAAUGGCCAGUUCCCCUUCCUCCGUCCCUGCAACCACAUUUCCAACUGCAUCAACGAAGAAGAUGCGAGUUCGAAGCAAGUCCACCUCUGCGGUUGAAGACGUCAAAGAGGUUCCACCGAAGAACGAAAAACGGGUAGUAGUGGAAGCUGUUCAUACGAGCCUAAAGAAUGGUGUUAACGGGGCGCAAAAUGGCGAGGAAUCGUUCGUGAAAGCCACGAAAGACAAACAUCACGACAGAAAAUCUCGUAGCGGACGCCGUGGUUUACCGAAGAAAGGUGGAGCUGGAGGAAAGGGUACCUGGGGAGCCAUUGGUGAAGUGUUGAAUGAAGAAGAUUUAAAGAUCAGAGACCAGCAUGAUCCGAACUAUGAAUCGGAGGAAGAUGAAGAUGAGCCUUUUGCAAUAGAGGAAUGUAAACCAGAGCUGACUGAGGAAGAGUUUAGCACAAACAUCACACCUAUUGUACAGGAAUACUUUGAACAUGGGGAGACAGAGGAUGUUGUGCUCUCUUUAGCAGAACUUAACAUCUCUUCAAGGAAAUAUAAGAAAACCUUUGUAUUUAGUAGGCACCGUCCUUACGAUGGGGGCUUCUUUAAUUCUUUCUAUUUGUUUUCACAGGCAACUCAGAGAGAGAUGGCAUCAAUCCUGAUCUCAGACUUGUAUGGCAGGCACCUUACUCAACAUGACAUAGCUCAAGGUAUAAACAGCAAAGCUUUGAAUGAAGCUGAUCUGCUGCUGAGAAUGAAACAUGGAAUGGUGCGUUUGGACAGUGUGUGGGGUGUGGCUGGAGGUCGCCGCCCAGUCAAACAUCUUGUCAAAAAGAUGAUCUUGUUGCUCAAAGAAUACCUGAAUUCGGAAGAUAUUGAAGAAGUGAGUCACCUUAAAAUGUGUAUUUUACCUUUUCUAAAUCCUAUCAGUUCACAGGCUAUCGUCAUGAUGUUGGAAGAUGGCCAUGAACGAGUGAUGACACUGAUGAAGAAUCUUCUGCAGUUCUUUUCAAAUACCAACAUUGUCAAGCCAGAUCAAAUUAAAAGCGGAUUUCAACGUGUGUUUGACUCAUUUGCCGACAUUCAGCUGGAUAUUCCACAUGCCCACACCCUUUUGGAAAAGUUCACUGACAUGUGUGCCCGUGAUGGAAUCAUUCCAAUCUCCUUGACUUUGAAAGUCCCUUCCAGGGGUCGCAAGCGAUUUGUCAGUGAGGGCGAUGGAGGGAUUGUGAAGUCGUAACUCGCUUAUCUAUAAAUCCAGAAAGCAAUUGAUGAGCCAGACAUAAUAAUUAAUAACCUCUAACAAAAAGGGAGAACAUUCUGGUUUGAAUAAGAUUCACAUCUAUCUGUACACUCUGGUAUUUCCUGGGCAUGUGUGACAAAGGGUAAAACUUGGGUCAAGUGAUGAUUUCUAAAGUCGUUACUCCCCCCUCUCCCCCUUCCUUUCUCUCUCUCUCUCUCUCCCUCCCCCCCUUUCAAUACAUUAACAUUGCUUUCAUUAUAUCUGACUGUUGUCACUGUUAAUAAUCUGUAAAGAAAUUGGAAAAAAUAUAUAAUUUGAGAGUAGUGUACAGAGUCGCUUGGGUUCCUAAAUUAUCACUGUUGGCUAUUACUGAAACAGUAACUGUUGAUGACUCAUGAUAGAACUACUGGUUUUUGAAGGGUUUACUUUAGUAUUGUGCAGUACUGUUGUUUAGAACUGUGAUGUAAAUAAAGGUUUUUAGUUUGUCAUCAGGGACUGGUCAAAAAGUGCAGGGGGGAUGAGCCAGAGCAUAUGAAAAUGUGGUGGUUAGAAAACACAUGACCCACCCCCUAUAAAACAUGGCAUUUUUGGUUGCAUAAUCCAACAAAAUCACAUUUUGUGUAUGAAAUUGUGGUGCUAUUUAGAUUUUAGAUUUAUUUUGUAAUAAUAAUGAUGAUGAUAAUAAUAAUAAUAAUAAUAAUAAUAAUAAUACAAAAUCAUCUGAAAAUAAUAUUGUUUUUCUUUACUCUUGCAACUUAAAGUCGUGUCUGUAAACUCUAAGAAAACUUGACCUUUAACCUUCCACACUAGGGCUCCAGCCUUGCAACACGUGGAACAGUGAUCCAUCUAGAAAACAGCUGUAGUGAGUCCUGCAAGUAACAUAGCCAGAAAAAUACAAGUCCCAGAUCUAUGAACAUGUGUCCUGUGCCCUUAGGGACAAAUAGUAUGUAGACACAAGUUUGGCAUUUGGUGUUCUUGAAGACCAGCAUGUUGGCAGAGCGCAGUAGUUUCAAUAUAUGUGCCCUGGGACUCCUUGCUCAAUCCGUUAGACUUCUUAGCUUUUGUACAGAUUUUACAACACAUAAAUUGUCAUCUCUAUUUGUACACCAGCCAAGUGUACUUUUUCAACCACAGCUCAAAAAGUUUUAGUCCUUUGGGAAUGAAAGGAGUUACCUCUGUUGUCGAUUGUGUCAAA